GAGGGUUGAGUCCUGCUCCCUCUCUCACUUUUCUGCGUUCUGUUGGGGCUAUUUUUAUGUCAGCUUCUGGUGGGAGGCGUCUCUCAUGCUGGCGCAUUUCUCUCUCUCUCUCUCUCUCUCUCUAUUUCUGCGCGAACAGACUGCCGUCAACUGUACCCAUUUUUCUAGAUUGACUCAUAAGACCGAGCAUUCCUCGCCAUGAGAGUAUUCUCUCCUUCAAGUGUGUAUUUUGCCUCCGAGCAGAAAAGGAGGGUUGGCUUCGAUGGUCUCCCCUGCACUUAUAUCAGGAAAUCGAAGGCGACCCUUUGAUCCGUCGACAGGGGUGUGGUGUAUUUGCAACAUUUUGCGUCUCCUCCUGGACCUCAGUGCUACAUGGUGCAUCUUUCCUUUCUAAAGGGUGGUCAUAAGAGAUUUGAUUCUCUGGUGGUUUUAGGAGCGUUGGGGUUUUAGCUGGAAAAGUACCAUGACAUGCUCCUGCCUAUCUCUUGUUAUGAUGGUUAUGGUUAUCCUGAUCUUGUGUCUGACUGUGGACGCUCAGAAAGUUGAUGGCCCUAUCAUGCUAGCUUUGACGCAAGACAUUCGAGGGCCUGGUUGGAUUCCCAAUGGCACAGAUUACUGCUCUUGGCAGGGUGUUACGUGCAGUUCGAAUCGUUCAGUGGAAGUCUUGCUUCUCUCCCGCUGCCAACUCACUGGCAAUCUUUCUUUAGUAUCUGAACUCAAAUCUCUAAAACGGAUAGAUCUCUCCUUCAACAAUUUCCAGGGUCUAGUCCCAUUAGUUUUCGGCCGGUUGACAGAAGUCGAGUUUCUUGAUUUGUCGAUGAACAAGUUCAGUGGUUCAAUCCCUCCUUCCUUGGGUGGUAUGCGAAGGCUCCGUUGGCUGAACCUCUCAACUAAUUCACUGACAGGUGGUAUUCCUCCUGAGCUUUCUUCUCUUCGACGACUUGAGAGUCUCAAUUUAAAUCAGAAUAAUUUGGAGGGAAAAAUCCCAGACGAACUUGCUGUUUUAGAAAGCUUAAAGGAGCUUCAGUUGUCUGGCAACAAUCUUACUGGCUCCAUUCCUAGUUGGGUUGGUGAUUUGCGCAAUCUGACGCUCUUCACCGCUUAUGAGAAUGCUUUGGAAGGAAGAGUUCCUGAAAGUCUAGGCUCGGUGUCCAGCCUCCAAGUGGUCAACCUCCACUCGAACUUUCUUGAUGGGCCAAUACCACAGAGCAUUUUUGCUUCUGGUAAACUUGAAGUUUUAGUAUUAUCUAUGAACAACUUUAACGGAAGUCUGCCUACGACUAUUGGGAAAUGCAAAGGAUUGUCAAAUCUUCGAAUAGGAAACAAUCAGCUUACAGGAAGCAUCCCUAUUUCUAUUGGAGAGAUCAGUGGCCUUACAUAUUUUGAAGCCAAUGCAAAUCUUCUGUCAGGAACUAUCGUUGCAGAAUUCUCAAAGUGCUAUAACCUUACACUACUGAACUUGGCAUCAAAUAGAUUCACAGGAAAGAUUCCUUCUGAACUUGGAAACCUUGUAAACCUUCAAGAACUGAUCAUUUCUGGCAAUAAUCUCAUUGGAGACAUUCCAAGAGAUCUUCUCAAUUGUAAAAAUCUCAGCAAACUUGAUGCCAGCGGCAACCAUUUAAAUGGCUCUAUACCUAAAGAUAUCUGCAACAUGUCACGUCUUCAGUAUCUGUUACUUAAUCAGAAUUCAAUUUCAGGUGAGCUACCUUCUCAAAUUGGAUACUGUAAUAGGCUGUUAGAAUUGCAGCUUGGUAGUAAUUACUUGUCAGGUUAUAUACCUUCUGAGGUUGGUAAUGUUAAAAGUCUGCAGAUUGUGUUAAAUCUAAGCUUCAAUCAUUUUCAUGGUCCGAUACCAAGGGAGUUGGGGAAACUUGAUAGCCUUGUUUCUUUGGAUAUCUCCAACAAUCAGUUGUCAGGGAACAUUCCACCUGAACUAAGGGGCAUGUCGAGCUUGAUUGAAGUUAACUUCUCCCAUAACCUUUUUGUGGGGCAAAUACCCAGCUUUAAGCCAUUUCAGAAGAGUCCAAGUUCUAGUUUCUUUGGCAAUGAUGGUCUAUGUGGAGAACCUUUAAAUCCCUGCACAGGGGUUAACAAUUCGGGAUCUACCCACCACAGGGUCUCUUAUACAAUAUUGCUUGCUGUCAUUGGUUCUGCAUUAGCUGUCUUCGCUACAGUAUCGGUUGUGGUGUUAUUGUUCAUGGCCAGGGAGAGGCAAGAAAUGACUGCCGCCGCUGCUGCUGCUUCUACGGCUACUGAUGGAACCCCAACUUCACCUCUCGUCGUUGCAGGAAGCGUGUUUGUUGAGAGCUUGAAGCAGGCUAUUGAUUUCAACUCUGCUGUGAAAUCUACUGCUAAAAAUUCAAAUAAGCUGAGUGGCAGUACUUUCAGCACAGUUUAUAAGGCUGUCAUGCCUUCAGGACUAGUUCUAUCUGUGAGAAAACUGAAGUCUAUGGAGAAAACAAUAACACACCACCAAAACAAGAUGAUACGAGAAAUUGAGAGGUUGGGGAGGAUUUCCCAUGACAAUGUGAUGAAACCUAUUGGUUUUGUUAUAUAUGAUGAUGUUGCUCUGCUAUUGCACCACUACUAUGCAAAUGGAACAUUAGCACAGCUUUUGCACUAUAGCUCUGAAUUUGAAUCUAAACCUGAUUGGCCUACACGGCUUGGUAUUGCCAUUGGAGUGGCAGAAGGGCUAGCAUUCAUUCACCAUGUUGCAAUUAUUCAUCUGGAUAUUUCUUCAGCCAACAUCUUCUUAGAUGCUAAUUUUGCUCCACUGCUUGGAGAAAUAGAAAUAUCAAAGCUCCUGGAUCCAUCUAGAGGGACUGGAAGCAUAAGUGCAGUUGCAGGCUCAUUUGGUUACAUUCCCCCAGAGUAUGCAUAUACUAUGCAGGUGACAGCGCCUGGAAAUGUUUACAGCUAUGGGGUUGUCUUGCUCGAGAUUCUCACAAGCAGAUUACCUGUGGAUGAAGCCUUUGGAGAGGGUGUGGAUCUGGUGAAGUGGGUACACAGUGCAUCAUUAAGGGGAGAAACAGUGGAGCAGAUUCUAGACUCCAACUUGAGCACUAUUUCUUUCUCAUGCAGGAAGCAAAUGCUUGAAACCCUGAAGGUAGCAAUGCUUUGCACCGAUAGUGCACCUGCCAGAAGGCCAAAAAUGAAGAAGGUAAUUGAGUUGCUUGAAGAAAUUAAACAGAGUUGAUGCAGGUAGCUUUUGGAAAUUGGUGUUUUUAGUUGGCUGAGGCCCUUUGCGUAGAGAAUCAUAUCUAAGUUCAUGGCUAUUAAAAACACAGAAGGAAAAUUGAUGCAGGGGAUAUUAAAAUUCCCACUAUCCACGCCCAAUUAUUUGCCAUUUGGCUAUCAAAUGGAAAAGGUGAUGACCAAGGUCAUAGGCCACUACAUGAUUGGAAAGCAAUGGAAUAGGAUGUUUGAGCGGUUAAGUCUGCAAUCUGAUCGUCUUUUGUCAUUCUUCCUGGAGUUAUUGUGAUAGGGUCAGUAAGCUGUGUCCAGUUGAUCUCUGAAUGUACUUCAACUACAACUGUUCAUAAGACAGGCACUGAAGAGGGUAGGUAUCCUUGUGUAAUAUAAGAUUCUAAGCCUGUUAUAAGAUUCCAAGCCUGUUAAAAGUAUCCAGUCAAUCUGCUGACUCCGUGUAUGCAAAAGUGAUUUAAUCUCUUAUCCAAUAUGCUUAUUGAAUAUGAGUUUGCUUAUGUA